AGUCCCUGUCAUUUGACAGUGGUUAGUGUGUGCAAUUACGUAAUGGCUGUUGGUUUGUCAGUGUCACGAAAAUCUCUUUAAAAUCUUCCUUACUUGUUAUACAAUGGCCGUACCGGUUCGGAUUUUAUCUCGCGUCAAAGAUGGCUUAAAGCUUGGCAACAUUAGAUAUUCAAGUAGCACACCUUAUGCCCAGACACGAAAAAACUUGGUACUAACAAGUGAUACGAAAGUCAUUGUCCAGGGAUUCACUGGCAAACAGGGAACUUUUCAUAGCCAGCAGGCCCUUGACUAUGGAACCAAAAUCGUGGGUGGAGUAUCACCCAAAAAAGCUGGCACAGAGCAUCUUGGCAAGCCAGUAUUUGGUACAGUGAGAGAAGCCAAGGAAAAGACAGGAGCAGAAGCUUCUGUAAUUUAUGUUCCACCUCCAGGAGCAGCAGCGGCCAUUUUAGAAGCCAUUGAAGCUGAAAUACCACUCAUUGUGUGCAUUACUGAAGGAGUUCCUCAGCAUGACAUGGUCCGUGUCAAACAUGCACUGCUCCGUCAGAACAAGUCACGCCUUGUUGGACCAAACUGCCCAGGUAUUAUUGCUCCGGAAAAGUGUAAAAUUGGUAUCAUGCCAGCUGCAGUUCAUAAAAAAGGAUGCAUUGGAGUUGUUUCUCGGUCAGGUACCUUGACCUAUGAAGCUUGUCAUCAGACUACUGAGGCUGGCUUGGGUCAAACUCUCUGCGUCGGUAUCGGAGGUGAUCCGUUCAAUGGCACUGACUUUAUCGACUGCUUGGAAGUGUUCCUGAAGGAUCCAGAUACGAAAGGCAUUAUUCUCAUCGGUGAAAUCGGAGGAAAUGCUGAGGAACUGGCAUCCGAUUAUUUGACCCAGAACAACACAGGACAAAAAGCGAAACCCGUUGUAUCAUUCAUCGCGGGUCUUACGGCACCACCCGGAAGACGUAUGGGCCACGCUGGAGCCAUCAUCUCUGGCGGAAAAGGUGGUGCUAUGGACAAAAUCAAAGCAUUGGAAAAAGCCAACGUUAUUGUCACUCGUUCUCCCGCCAAAAUGGGUGUGGAACUUCUCAAAGAGAUGAAACGAUUAGAAAUUGUAUAAGUUAAAAAGCGCUAUAAAUCAACUGGUCCAUUUACUUUGUAUAGAUUUUUAGUAAUUAUACUGAAAUUAUUUAUUUGUUACUGUUGUUUCAGUUUGGCCUUUGAUGUGGUUUAAUUGAGAUUUGUGACACUGAUAGAUUUCUAACUCUCGAAAUUAAAUAAUUUAACAUUAAUCUCAAUGUGAAAUGCACAUAGUAAAAGAUGCACUCAGCCAUAGAUAUAAGCAUGUCCAUGUAUGUUUACUCAAGUGAUAUUGAUAAUCUGAUCGAACAUCAACUUCCUAAUCUAAGAUGUUUUAAUAUGGAUUGUUUUAUGUGGCGCUUGGUGUUGUAUUUAUAAAUAUGUAAUGUAUACUCUAUUAUUGCGUAAUACCUUUAAAGACCUGUUUCAAUUUUAUUAUUAUGAAAUAAUAAACAAAAAUAUAGA